GCUCCAGUCACGGUUUUGGCAGUAGCGUUCGCUCGGCGACCGAGCCCACCUCCUGCGGAGGCGUGACCACUGACUGUCACUGAGAGCCAAUCCAGACCGAAGCAGUGUCCGGUUCCCGUCACCCUUCCUUCCCCGGAAUCCCGUCUCUGUUGGCUGCUUCUUCCUCCGUUCUAGGGUUUCCCUACGUCUUCUCUUGCUUCCCCUUCUCUUCUCAUUCCGAACCGUUCUCGAUCAAAGAAGACAGAACACAGUCUCUCGGCCUCCGAUGGCGUACGUCGACCACGCCUUCUCCAUCUCCGACGAGGACAUCAUGAUGGGCGACUCCAGCCACGCCAUCCAGAACCGUCCGCCCGUCAAGGAGAUCGCCUUCGCGGUGUCCCUCCUCGUCUUCGGCUCCCUCGCAAUCGUCGUCGGUUCCGUCAUGGCCGCCAACCGCGUCGGCGGCGAUCGAGCCCAUGGGGUUUUCUUUGCGGUCUUGGGGUCGGUGUUGUUCCUGCCGGGUUUCUACUACACGAGGAUAGCUUAUUAUGCGUAUAAGGGGUACAAAGGCUUCUCCUUUGACAAUAUUCCCUCGGUCUGAGGGCGGUUUCAAAUUUUCCAAGAUGCGUUAUUCGGCUUUCCAGUGCCUCUGCUGUAUAGAUUUGUUUGGUGAGACUUCUCCUAGGGUUCUUUUUUUUUUUUUGUCUUGAUCCUUUUGUUCUUCUUGAACAGCUUGCUAUGUAUACAUGCUAUUGAGUUAUGAUGGUCGUGUUAUUGAAAUACCGUGUAGCUUGUUAGGUUUUUGAGUUGGUCAGACUAUUACUGGAUUGAUAAAACUGGAUCAAACUUUUUGAGGAUUUUGUUGAGAAGUAGAAAUAAAAGGGUGAUCGUUCUUCUU